UUUUGGGCAUUAUAUAAAGCUCGACAGCACUCAGUGGUCUUCAUUGUUAGAAGCAGACAGACAGUGAACAGUCACUAUGAAUCAGAUAAACGUGAUAUUUGCCUUAGCUCUGCUCUGUGCAGCAUCUUUACCUGGUGAAUGCAUCACGGGCGGAAAGGAGGCUGCGCCAAACUCUCGACCUUACAUGGCUUCACUUCAGUGGAAUGAAAAACAUGAGUGCGGUGGGUUUCUGAUCUCCGAUCAGUGGGUCAUGAGUGCAGCACACUGCUUUAGGAACGGGAAGGAAUCAGGAGUUAAAGUUGUGUUGGGUGCUCACUCGCUGUCCAAAGCCGAGGACACUAAGCAAUCAUUUGAUGUCUCUGCUGUUUACAACCAUCCAGACUUCAGCAUAAGUAACUAUGACAAUGACAUUGCCCUGCUCAAGCUGGAAAGUCCAAUCACAGAGAGUUAUGCAGUGAAACCAGUGAAAUUCCAACGGGAAGGAGGGGUCGAUCCUGAGGAGGGGUCUGACGUGGAUACAGCUGGGUGGGGCUCCUUGAAUAACUUGGGAGGUCGACCAGAUAAAUUGCAAGAGCUCACUAUCACAGUCAUGGAAAGAUGGCUCUGUGGUCGCGGUGACUACUAUGGAGCCAAGUUCACAAACAACAUGCUCUGUGCUGCAAAAAGACAAAAGGACACUUGUGAUGGCGAUUCUGGAGGUCCUCUGUUAUACAAGGGUGUUGCUGUUGGGAUAACCUCAAAUGGAGGGAAAAAAUGUGGCUCCAGCAAAAAGCCUGGACUUUACACUCUCAUCUCUCACUACACCCAGUGGAUUGAUCGUACCACAACGCAAUAAGAGAGAAAAGAUUUUGUGGAAAAGGAAUUCUUUGCAUAUUAUAGUGCAUAUCAUUUUUUAUAGCUUCAGCACAUCUUUUGUAUUUUUACAUUUUAAUAAAAUCUUUAUUCACCUCUA